CACCUGGCCACACGCACGCCCGCGGAUUAACGUACGCCCUAGUCCCACUGUGCCAACUCCCAACAACACACGGAGUCAUGGUAGUACGUGCCACGGCCUCUGCCUAUAAAUCCCCCAGGCUCCAUCACUCGCUGCUACAUCGUCGCCGGGAGGGAAGCCGCCGCUCGCCGUUCCAAUUCAUUCCAUCCCACCCUUCCAAAUUCAUUCGUCCAUCCGAGGAUCGAUGGCCGCCGUGAAGGUCAUUGCUUUACGGCCGAUCGAACUGAAGGUGGUGGUGAAGCUGGACCUGCACGACGACACGGGGAAGCGCAAGGCGAUCAAGGCCGUCUCCGCUCUCUGUGGUAUCGACGAGAUCGCCGUGGACAUGAAGGAGGACAAGAUGACGGUCGUGGGCACGGUCGACCCCGUCCACGUCGUCGGCAAGCUGCGCAGGCGCUUCUGCGCGGUGCAGGUGGUCUCCGUCGGUCCGGCCAAGGAUGAGGAGAAGAAGAAGGAGGUCUCCGCCGGCCCGGCCAAGGAGGACGAGAAGAAGAAGAAGAAGGCCAGCCGAUUGAUCGAUCGGGAUUCAUCAGCCUACCUGCACCGGUGACCGACGGCGUGCGUUAUAUAUAUAUGGCCGUGUGAGCUAAAUAUUGCACCGGUGAUCCGGCAGCUUGCUGCGCAUCCGCUGAGCUUGCCAGAUACGGAAUUACAGUGUGGAGAAGAACUACUACUGGUAAUAAAUAAAUCUGCUGCAUGCA